AAAAAAUGAUAAUAAUGGAAAAUAAUGCAACGGUUGAAAUUAAAGGGUGUCUUUCAAGGCUUACCAAGCAAUUUGUAAAAGAAGCACAGUAUGCUCAGAUAACAAGAGACGAAGCCUUGAAUGCAUGUAGUCUCGUUUUGACAGAUCAGCCCGAAGAGCAACAAGAGUAUUUAUUCGAUUCUCUUGUUCAAAAUCAAAUAUUGGUACCUUCUUCCAAAAGUAUCUUUUUAUUUCAAGAUAUAUCCACACAAUGUAUUCUCGUUCAAUUACUAUCGUGUUACUCACCCCAAUGCAAAAAUGCAACCACGUCACAAUGCUAUUCACCUACUUGUCCUUUAAAGCCGUUGAGUGUACUUGAAGUGAAAAAUCCGACAAUAGACGAUACAGUCGAUUGGUCUUAUAGAAUCCCUCGAUAUAUUCUGGAAGACUUGACAGCGCAAGAGAAGAAACGACAAUUGGCAAUUGAGGAAUUAGUCAGCUAUGAAGAAAACUUUCUAAAGCAAUUGUUUGUGAUACGAGAUGUAUUUGCGAGACCCUUGUUAUCAUCGUUAGACAUUAUUGAGGAAGCACGACGAUUUCCGUUUCAUGAUACGUUAUUUGGUAACUACCAUGUACUUGCUAACCUUCAUCGAAAGAUGUUGCGCGACCUGGAAGGGACACGAGAUAAAAGCACUUUUCUGUUCCCGGAUUCAAGAUGCAUUGGAGAUUUACUGUUGAAGCAUUUCAAAAAGUUCACGGAUCCGUAUAUACGCUAUGCAUCCAAUCAUGUCUUUGCCGAAUACCAGUAUAAAUUAGAAUGGGAUAAAAAUACAGCAUUUGUUGCAUUUAUCGAACAACAAGAAUCCAUUGAAAAGGACUUUAGAUUACCUUUAAAAGACUUGUUGGUCACACCCAUCAUUCGUAUUACAAAGUAUGUGCUAUUAUUCACCACCAUCCUAAAGAACUCACCGCUACUGGAACAUCAUACUUCUUUUCUAGAAAUCAGCCUCUUUUUACCAGAUCUAUUACACAAAAUCAAUGAAGCCAUUCGAAAUGCACAGUCCGAACAACGUUUAAUGGAAAUCAAAUAUGCCCUUCGAGUCCGGCGAUUAUCCAUACCUUCACAAAAACAUCGCAUCUCACAAAUAUUACCAGACGAUGCUGUCCUCAUCUUUGAAGGCUCACUUGAACUCAUCAACAGAAUACCGCCCAUCAUGUGUCAACUCUUUCUUUUCUCCAACGCUUUAUUUAUCACUCGAGAAAAAUCCUCCACUGAAAACCGACUGGAGUAUACGUUAAUUGACAAAGCCAUACCACUUUACAUGCUCAAACUUGGGCACGGAACUUCUCGUUUAACCUCUCGUUCUAAAACCAGCACUUCAUCUACCUCGUCACAACAAUCGACCAUCUUCUCUUCGAUUCGACAUCAACUCAGUUCGGGAUCUUAUCACCAUCAGCGCCCGUAUAACGAACAGGUGACACCCGACGCCAUGAGUGUACGGUCCGAUGAUGGUUCAUCCACUUAUUCGGCCAUCUACACUAUAUCUGGUUUGAAAUUACGCCACCGUAUCCGUACGAUCAAACAACGGAUUAAACGAAAGAACAAGACGUCUGCUUAUACAGCAAAAUCCAUGAUAGCGCCAGCUUCCUCUUCUUCAUCACCUACUGCUAUUCGUGUCGCUUCACCCCGUGGUACUGGCGGUGGUGGUGGUGGUGGUGGUGUGAUUCGACCUCGAUUACUGCAAAUCUCUCAUUUAGCUGACCCGAACCUGACUUAUUUGUUUGAGUGUGAUUCAGCUGAUAUCAAGUUGGCUUGGAAAAAUAAAAUAAAGUCCAUCUUGCCCAAUCCAGACCUUGGACCGUUUGAAUUGGAAUUAAUAUGUAGUAAGCCUAAUUGUUCUGCUUUACGUAGUGUCGAGGGACGAUUUGCCACUGGCUGUGGAACGAUCUGGUGCUCCUUACCCUUCACUACGUCCGAAGGUAGAAGUGUCAUUGCUCUGGGUACUCGCUACGGUCUUUGGGUUGCGUACAGUGAUGGUACGGAAGGAUUUAAGUUGGUGUUAGGACACAAUUGUCAUCAGAUUGAAUUGUUUGAUAACCGAAUGUUACUUGUGCGAGGGUUCAAACCAAACCGUGUGCUAGGAGCGAUUCUGAUUGACGAUAUCUAUCCAAGCAGCACUGGCACAACAGUAGAUACAUCGAACGAGAUGAUGAACCGAGAUGAAAGCAAGGAAUUUCAACUGCUUCAAAAGACAGGCGUGAUUUCAUUUGCAGUGGGUACUUUACGCGGAGAACCGAUUCUUUGUUAUUUACGACGUCGUCGUACGGGGUCUGUUCGACUGGUGUUGAUGCUGUAUCGUGUUGAAGCGGGAUCUUCCAGUCCUUGGUUCAAGAAAUGCAAAGAAUAUAAACCCAUCUCUGUUGAGCCUACAGAUUUAAAAAUUAUUCAGGAUACGGUGUAUAUCCGCUCACGUACGGAGGGAGUUGAAAAGGUGGAUAUUGUGAAUUGGAUCAUGGGGUCAACGAAUGCACAAAAUAAUAGCUAUCAACAUGUCAAAUACUCGUUUCGUAUCUCGUUACCGGCGGUACCGUACCAUGUGACGAUAGGUACAAGUCCACAAUUGGAUGAUCCUUCGCUCACGACCAUCGCUUAUGUGCCUUUAAACCAACCCGGGACAGGACUUAUCUGUAGUGCCGAAGCAGCGUGGCCUGUAGCAGAGACAGAUGCAGAUCUGUUGCAGCCACAAAUUAUGUUUGAAACCGAGGCUAAAUAUGUGGUUGUGAGCUUUCCUUAUUUGAUUGUGUUUUCAACUAAUGUGAUUGAAAUUCGACAUUUAGAAACAACUGCGCUUGUGCAGGCGAUUGCAGGAAACAAAAUAAGAUGCGUUUAUGUGUCUCGAACAGACCCAUUAUCGAGCACAGCACCGAUUAUCCAUAUCACGAUGCUUCAUGCGGAGGAAGACCAGACAAAAUUAUACCAACUGUAUUUAAAAGAGCCGAUGGCGUUUGAUGAAUAAGAGCGGACAUUAGACUGUGCUCCCUUCCUUUUUAAGAAGCAUUUCAUGUUCUUGAAAUAAAUUAAACCCAC